AUGGCGAGCCGAGACUACCAACCACACAACAGGCAGGGCACCAGCCCAACGCAUAGUCAAGACAUGCACAUCGACAGCGAAGAGAAGCUGCGCUACGAGCUUGCCAAAACCGUCACCCUCACGCCAGAGCUUUAUGAGAAGCUCUUCAUCUCCCCCAAGACGCAGGUGGCGGGUUCUCUUCGCAACACCUUUGGGAACCCUACGCCCAUUGGUGUACUAGGCUUCUCGGUCGCGGUGUUCCCACUCGCUUGUGCCUUCAUGGGAUGGCGCGGCUCCGGUGGUCUCGCUGUCGCAACCACAGGUCCUACCAUCUGGUUCGGCGGCGUGCUUCUCAUCCUCGCUGGCAUCGGAGAGUUUCUACUCGGCAACAACUUCCCCAUGAUCGUGUUCCUCGCCUACGGUGCGCAUCUUUUGGCUUUCGCCACGACUUUCAUCCCGUGGUUCAAUGCGAUCGGGUUUUUCAACCCAGAUGGAAGUGGCAUCGGCAGCCCUGGUCCGGAAAAUCAGACCGCAGUUUUCCUGUCCAGUUUUGGUGAGUUCCAACGAUAUUCAAGGUGCACGAAAGUCGAGCUGACGUCUCCCUCAGCAUUCUACCAAAUUGCUAUGGGCAUUCUGUCCUUUAUCUUCCUUCUCGGGUCCUUGCGCGUCAACGGCGUCUUCGUUCUCAUAUUCAUGUUCGUGACAAUUGGAUUUGGCUUAGGCGCAGGCGCAUUCUUUCAUCUUGCCAAAGCCAACGUCGUGUUGGGUACGAAGCUUGCGACCGGAACAGGAGCAUGCUUCUUCGCUGCGUCGGUGCUUGGGUUCUACUUCUUCCUUGCACUUGUUAUUGCGAUUAUGGAGCUGCCUAUCCCAGAUCCGCCCGUCUUUGACCUAAGCACCGUAGUUAAACCGAAGUCGCGAGCGGUUCUGAAGGAAGAUUAA